AUGUUAUAUAUUUUAAAUAGACCUGGCAGUGUGAUUGCAGACUUCACUAUUAAUACAAGUACCAACAUUGAUUUGGCUUCAGCAAACCAACAGCUUGCUACCAAUCUCCGUAAUAUCGGAUUCAAUGUUAGUGAUGAUUUACUCAGUCAAAGUGUGGAAGGAGAACUAAAUGACAUCCAGGGCAACAUAUAUCCUGGUACAGAUCUCAAACUGACAUAUAAACCUCCAGAGAAUAAUGGCAUAAACUGGACCCUGAAUGGGAUUCAGUUACAGCAGUCAGACAAAAUUUACAGGUUAGCAGACAUCCCGCAGUUUAUGGCCAGGUUCAGCAGUACAUCACAGACUCAGAAUGUAAUUGACUCUGCAGCAAUCAGAACAACAGUUGUAGACAUACUAACAAUCAUUUCAGAUCUCUCACAAACAGCUUUCAUCAGUCAAAAAAUGAUGACGGAUUUCAUAAAAAUAGCUGAGGUGAUUGGAGCAGACAGUACAUCGGACACAUGGGAGAACUUAAACAAAAAUGAUACAAGUAAAGCCAGUAAUAUACUUCUGAACGCGACAGAGAGCAUCGCACGCAGACUCCCGGAUGACGACCUCUUGAUAACAACAAACUUCACUUAUCUAAAAAAACAAUCCAUUACUCCCCCCUUUUCUGAAGCCUUUGGAAAAAAUUUAACUACCUAUGUAAAUAUUCCAGUAAAUAGUGCAAAGAUGUUCCUCACAGUCAUAAUAUCAUCAGCUUUUAACAACAUUUUACCUGAUCGAACCCUGGCCAAAAAUGACAGCAGUCAGACUGGAACCAAGAUCAAUGGAGAUGUAGUCCUGACUGAGACAACGUCAAAAAUUAAUGACGUCUCCCUUUCUUUUAAAAUCAUAAAUAGUAAACUGGGAAAACCUCAGUGGUUUUGGAAUUUUAGUCUUCUGAAUGGUGUUGGUGGAUGGGACUCGACUGGAUGUCAGUUAAAGCCAUUAUGGUAUGAAAGAUACAUGUGUGAGUGCAAUCACACAACCUCCUUUUCAAUCUUGAUGUCACCAUUUACCCUGGAUAAAAACCAAGCCAUAAUCUUAGACUAUAUAACUUACAUUGGGGUUACCAUUUCAAUGGCUAGCUUGGUUUUGUGCCUCAUCAUUGAAAUCAUCAUAUGGAAAUCAGUGACACAAUAUGACACAUCCUACAUGCGCCAUGUCUCCAUAGUCAACAUUGCUGUCUCUCUUCUGAUUGCAAAUAUAUGCUUCAUCAUUGGAGCAGCUGUUGUUAAACAUGAGAGUUCCUGCAGUACAGCAACCUUCUUCAUGCACUUCUUUAAUCUUGCCCUUUUCUUCUGGAUGUUGCUGUCAGCACUCUUGCUCCUCUACCGUACCCUCAUGGUCUUGUCCACAAUGACCAAAGGAGCACUGAUGGGCAUAGGCUUCACUGUCGGCUAUGGAGCCCCGUUAAUCAUAGGUGUCAUUACUGUGGCAUCUACAGCUGGGAACAAAGGAUACAUUCAACAAGAUUACAAUUGUUGGCUGAACUGGAGCCAAACAAAGGCCCUCCUGGCAUUUGUGAUCCCUGCUCUGAUGAUUGUAGCUAUAAACCUCCUGGUGCUUAUUGUGGUUCUGUGUAAAAUGUUAAGGAGAGGAGUUAAUGCCUCUACUCAGACAGAUGAGAAACAUCCCCUAGUGGUCAUUGCUAGAUGUGUGGCGAUUUUAACACCUCUCUUUGGUCUAACAUGGGGAUUUGGCAUUGGGACCAUGGUGUCACCAAACUUUGGGAUUCAUGUGAUGUUUGCAUUCCUUAAUUCACUGCAGGGAUUCUUUAUUCUGCUGUUUGGAACACUACUGGAUAGUAAGGUCCGAGAAGAAUUAUCAGUACUGUUUUCACUAAGGAACUUUUGGCCAGACCAGGAGUAUAGGACCAACAUCCUCAAGUGGAUUUCUUUUGUUUCAGAAAUUAUGGCAGAGAAAUGUGUAUAAUGUACCAAGUACUGACAGUAUAUCUUCAAGCAACUCGGAUACAGUUUAUUGACAACUCAAAUAAAACAACCAUGCAAUAAGGAUCUGUUUAACUGCAAACAUCAUCCAUUAUACAGUAGGGGAGAGUGGGGACAGUUGCUACACUUUUUGCAUUUCCUUCAGUUUCUCAAACUAUAUAUUUAUAUCAGAAAGACAAAUUUUUAAUACAUUAAACCUGCAUCUGUCAGCCAUCCACCCGCACUGCUGUAAUGUGUACAUAUGUUAAUAUACAUACAAUUUAUACUUGAAUAGACAAAGUCCAAUGUUGCAAUGUUGCAAUUGACAUCAUAACAGGGGCCACUUGCAGAAGUGCACAGGGGUAGUUGCAAUAUUCAUUAAAGUGUAAUAAAAUCAGUAUUUAUGAAAAAAAAAAUUGCAAUUUCUUUAUUUAAUAUUUGAGCCGACAUGGUCGAAAUUAAAUUGGCUGUAUAAAGACAAUGCAACAAGAUAUUUUCAAGUAACAGGUAACAACCAUAUUUUGGUUAAUUAUUAUAAUUAUUAUUAAAUAUUAAUUAUUAAACUCAGUGAGCUCUGUGUGAGUGUGUGUGUGUGUUUAAGUGAAUGUAUAUGUGUGUGACAAAGAGAGGGUAACAGAGAGAUCCACAUCAGAUGAAAGCUUACUGAAGUUAGACUGGCUGUAUAAAAAGAAAGACUAUAAGGAAAAACAUUUUCAAGUAACAACCAUGUUUUCUUGAAUUUGAAUGUCAAAAUAUUUCUUAAUCAAAAUCAAGACAGUGAAAUUUAAUAAUAUUUCUGUGAAUGUCUCUGAAAACUUACUGAACUGUAUGUGUGUAUGUGUGUGUGAGAUGUAGCUUAAGUGUGUGUGACAGAGAGGGUAAGAGAAGAGGAAAUUAGCCACACAUCAGACAGGCAAAGUAACACCCCUCUUUGUUGUUUUCUACCUUUCUUGUGAGACUGAAAAAAUACAGAACAAAAAAAAU